AUGCUCCUAUUUAACUUUGAUGGGAAACCCCACCCAGUAAGCGAGGGAUGGCAGCCAGCAGCAUCCCGCGGUUCGCAGCACAGCCCCGGGCGACUGCAGCCGCUGCCCCGCUGCUCCACCCACCCCCCACCUCUGCCGGCAGGUACCUGGCGGGGGGGACGGAGCCCCGAGCCCGCCGAGCCCGCCCUGCGCCGCCUGUCCCACUACCUGCUGGCCCACUACCAGAAAGGCACCCGGCCUGUGCGGGACUGGCGAACGACCACCACCGUGGCCAUCGACCUCAUGGUCUACGCCAUCCUCAGCGUGGAUGAGAAGAACCAGGUGCUGACCACCUACAUCUGGUACAGGCAGCACUGGACAGACGAGUUCCUCACGUGGGACCCGGCGCACUUCGACAACCUGACGCAGAUCUCCCUCCCCGUGGAGAGCGUCUGGGUGCCCGACAUCCUCAUCAACGAGUUUGUGGACGUUGGAAAGUCCCCCCACGUCCCCUACGUCUAUGUUGGCCACCACGGGGAGGUGAAGAACCUCAAACCCAUCCAGGUGAUGACCGCCUGCAGCCUGGACAUCUACAACUUCCCCUUCGACGUCCAGAACUGCUCGCUCACCUUCACCAGCUGGCUGCACCACAUCCAUGACAUCAACCUCUCGCUGUGGCGGCAGCCAGAGCUGGUCAAGUUCGACCGGAGCGUCUUCAUGAACCAGGGCGAGUGGGAGCUGCUCUAUGUCCUCAGCCGCUUCCAGGAGUUCAGCGUCAAGAGCAGCGACAGCUACGCCGAGAUGAAGUUCUACGUAGUCAUCCGGAGACGUCCCCUCUUCUACACUGUCAGCCUGCUGCUCCCCAGCAUCUUCCUGAUGGUUAUGGACAUCGUGGGCUUCUACCUACCUCCCAACAGCGGCGAGAGGGUCUCUUUCAAGAUCACCCUCCUGCUGGGCUACUCGGUUUUCCUUAUCAUCGUAUCCGACACGCUGCCGGCUACUGCGGUCGGCACCCCCUUGAUAGGCAUCUACUUUGUGGUGUGCAUGGCGCUGCUCGUCAUCAGCCUGACGGAGACCAUCCUAAUCGUGCGCCUGGUGCACAAGCAAGACCUGCAGCCCCACGUCCCCGACUGGGUGAAGCGCCUGCUGCUGGAACGAGCCACCGUCCUACUCUGCAUCCGGGACAGGAAGAAAUUCAGCCGGAGCAGGACGCAGAGCUCGGACAUCUCCAGGCAGGUGGAGAACAACGACAGCACAGGCAAGCUGAACCACUCCGGCUGCGAGGACGCCCGGGAAUGCGAGAGGGCGGGGGGUGCGAGGUCAGCGCCGGCCUUUACUGGCCAGGUGGAGGGCACCCUGCUGAUGCACGGCAUCCUGCGUGAGAUCGCCGCCAUCCGCCAGUUCCUGGAGAAACGCGAGGAGUUUCGCGAUGUCGCCCACGAGUGGCUGCAAGUGGGCUACGUCUUGGACGUCCUGCUCUUCCGGGCGUACCUGGCGGCCGUCCUGGCCUACAGCAUCACGCUGGGCACCCUCUGGUCGGUGUGGCGGGACGCCUGAGCGGCGCCCGCUUUUGGGGGCACUGGUGGCGGGGACCCGGGACGCUGCCCUGCUCCAGUGGCUGCUCCUCGGCUCUGGGACUCACCGGUGUGCUGACCCACGCUGCCACAUCCACCACCUCCCCCCGGCUCCGGAGCAGCAGCCGAGCAGGGAUGCGGAGCUGAGGAGGGACCACCAGGCACCGGUGACCCCUCCCUGCCACCCCCGGGCGCGCCCCGGGUCACCGGCGGCCGCCGGUUCAGCACCGCGGACAGCAGCCCCGCCGCCCCGCCCGCCGCCGCCCGGGGGUCCCCGCCUGCCCCGGGGGUCCCCGCCGCACCGGGGGGGGGGGCCGCCACCCCCCUCCCCUACCCCCCACCCCGGCGAAGCCCCCACCGCCAUGUGCGAAGCACCAGGGGCCACCCGCCUGCACCCUCCAUCCCUGCUGCUCCCCCUUUCUCGUCGGGCCCCGCGAGGGUCUUCGCGCUCCCCCCACCCGGCUCCUUGCACGCUUGCCCAGCAGAUCCCCAUCCCGCUCCUGCCCAGCAGUACCGUAAAACGGGAGAGAACGAGGCAACGGCAGGCGAAGCGGGGUGCAAACGGGGCUGGCUCUGAGGGCACGCGGCGCGGGGUGAGACCCCCGGGCUCGCCGAUCGCUACUGCAGCUUUGGUCAAUCCCCCCGCUCUCUCUCUCCGCCCUGCCAGGGCAGAGGCGCGGGAUUAAGAGGAGAGGAAGGAUCCGCUGGCUGCAUCCCAGAGCAGGGAGUUGAGCCCAAACAGCAAGGAGCAGGUCUGCCCACUCUCAUUUCAGAGCUGGGGAUGCCAGAGGGUUGUGACAAAAAACACCAACGGUGUUUUCGGGGCGGUUCCUGGCCCCGCCGUGCUCGCCCAAGACCCCGUGAAGGUACAGCUCGCUCUCCAUGCCAGUAACGUACCUGAGCAACCAGGGCAAGCACCAUCCUCAAAAGCGCUGGCGGUGGUGGGAGGGUCCGUCCCACGCUCCGGGAGCACCCCUGCAUCUGGUCGGGCUGCGGGCGAGAGGUGGGCUGACGGCGCCUGGCUCUCCUACGUCCGCCCGCAAGCCCACCGGCCCUGGACCAAGGGCCCCGCUCGCUGUCCCGGAGCCGUCACCUGCAGGAAAACUCCCCGCUGAGUGACGGGGGGGCUGAGGACGGGUGGAGCGGGCUCCUGUCGGCGCCGGCCCGCGCUAAUGCGCUGAUGGUCUGUAAGUGGCUGCCUAUUGAUGAGGUGUCCAGUUAAAGAGUUCGCGAGACACUAAAUCAGCCCAUUGAUCCUGCCGAGAUCGAUGGUGCUACAGACCUGAUCACUGCAGCGGGCAAUUAGCACCCUCUGGAAUGAGCCGCCUUCGUGUAACAUCAAACGCUCCAACAGACAAAUCCAAUGGGCCCAUUGACCCGGGCGCUCGCCGCCGCCCGGCCCGCGCGUUCGAGGGGGCGGCAGGACCACCGAGCCAGCCUCGCCAUCCCUCUCCUGCCCGCUGGGACCCCGGGUGCCCCUUGGGGACCCACCGCGAGAUGCUCACCUGUGCCGCCGCAUCCCAUGGACCACAUCGGUGGCCGUGCGGGCGCUCGGUCUCCCGUCCUCCCCUGUGCUAGGAAGCCGUCCCGUGCCCGACCUAACCCCCUCGUGCAGCUCAGUGGUCCUUUCCCCCGGGAAGAGGAGGCUGCCCACGCCGGAGGAAGGAUCUGGGUUCUCCCUUUGCCCUCGCGCUGCUUUGGGAAGUGCCGCACGCGGGAAAAAGUUCCAGGCAUCUCUCCGAGAGAAGCCUGGAUUUUCCUCUUUAAAAAAAAAAAAAAAAUCAAUAAAUCUGAAUCUAAUCUACUAAUAAAGGUUUAAUGAGGACAUAAUGUUGAUGGAACAGAACAUUGUUGCAGCAUAAUCGCUCCCAGCUGCUGCGCAAGUGUGCAGACAAAG